AUGACAGCACUUUAUACCUGCAGCUACCUUUUUCCAUUUUUAAAUGGCAAAGGAGCAACAACUGGCUUACUUACUGGUAUUUUCGGUACCUUAGUGCUAUUUUACCUGUAUUUCCGAGUCACACCUCUUCGAUUUCACCAUUUUCCACUACAAUGUUUUAAUGAAACAUUAAUUACACAUUCAUUAAUAUGGGCUGACUGUAAAUUUGCAUAUUUGGAGUUAGAUUUUGCAUCGACAACACUAGAAGCAAUAGCUAAUAAAGCACAAAAAUUAUUACCUAUUCUGUGCGAAAUACCAAUUGCUUGGUACCCGUUAACUACUUUUAUAAUUACUACAUUAUCAAUGUUACUUGUAUCACUGUGUACGUGUAGCAGUAAUACUGAUGAAUUUGAUUGGAAAUUAAUAAUCUGCGCACCUUAUGUUGGAAUAUUUACACGUCAUACUGAUAAUACAAUCAGUAAUGAUAAGCAUGUCGCGUUUGUUGAAUGCGAAUCAUUUCGAUAUGCACAACAAACACCAUAUCCGGAUACGGUAACCACAGUUACGCAUAUGAUUCAGUGA